AAAUAUCGCGAGGUUUCGUGUGUUGCCGAGUUGUCCACCGGGAGAUCUCGUGAGACCUUUCAGUAGUGGACUGCACAGCUAAGUCCCCCUUAAUUGUCGGUCCCCGCAGGACGACAACAAACUGCCUUCAGCACCUUGACUGAAGCACCAGAACCUGUUCUGAAGUCAUGGGGAAUAUUUUUGGGAAUUUGCUGAAGAGCCUCAUAGGGAAGAAGGAGAUGAGGAUCUUGAUGGUGGGGCUGGACGCUGCUGGGAAAACGACAAUCCUGUACAAACUGAAACUGGGGGAAAUCGUCACCACCAUCCCCACAAUCGGAUUCAAUGUGGAGACGGUGGAGUACAAGAACAUCAGCUUCACUGUGUGGGACGUGGGCGGACAGGACAAGAUCCGGCCCCUCUGGAGGCACUACUUCCAAAACACUCAGGGUCUGAUCUUUGUGGUGGACAGCAACGACAGAGAACGUGUGAACGAAGCUCGAGAAGAGCUGAUGAGGAUGCUGGCUGAGGACGAGCUGAGAGAUGCAGUUCUCCUUGUGUUUGCAAAUAAACAGGAUUUACCAAACGCCAUGAACGCCGCGGAGAUCACAGACAAGCUGGGCUUACACUCCCUCCGCCACCGCAACUGGUACAUCCAGGCCACGUGCGCUACCAGUGGCGACGGCCUCUAUGAGGGCCUUGACUGGCUGGCCAAUCAGCUCAAGAACAAAAAGUAAGAGGGGGCCAACCUGGAAAACACAGCCAGCAAGCCACCCCGAUCCAGUGUUUUCUUUCCUCUGGGGAUGGAGGAUGAGGGUUUGGUGCAAGAGUUUCGAAUGGUAGGCGCAAAACAAGACCCUGGUUUUGAGGAAGACUUCAUUUUUGCUCCGUGCUCAGUGGUUAUUUAAAGAAAAAAAAAAGGUUAAUGUCUAACCACAUACACCGAUUCACACUAACCGUAAGCAGUCACAGCAGACACUUGCUUUUGCUCCGUCCACCUCUCGUUCUUUGGUUCGGUGUGCUCUGUGUUAGUCUGUAGGUGCCGUGUCCAGUUUUUCUUCUCCGGCUGUGAGUCAUUAAUCGUUGUCCUGUCCUGCAGGGUCACAGAGGUGCGUUACACAGCCACGUUAUCUUUUGCGGGUUCUGAUGGUUUGCUCUCCUUUCCGUUUUGUUAGCAGUGCUGAACACUUUGUCUCGGCGUCUAGAUUUUUCAUUACAAACAGCUUCAAACAUAAUCCCAUUAACUCAGGCCAACUUCUCUGUUCCUACUGAAGAAAAGCUUCUCCACAGCAUGAUGCUGCCACCACCAUGCUUCAUAUAGGGAAUGGCAGCUCCCUCCACAUGCUAAACAAACAUAAUCUUACUGCUGUAUUUUGGGGAAUAUUAUGAUAUCCUGUAUUUAACUCUGUUGAUCUCCAGUCAACUUUAACCAGCUUCCCAAAGUCCCUGCUGAAGAAAAGCCUCCCCACAGCAUGAUGCUGCCACCACCAUGUUUCAUGGUGGAGGUGGUGUGUUAAGCGUCGUAUGUGGAGUUAGUUUUCCUCUGCAUCUGUCCACACCUGCAUGUUGGCUAGGUGCAAAGCGGUUUCUUCCUCAAGUUUGCUGCGUGUCCUGCAGAGGUGGGGGACAUAGGAUUAGAAAUGUAUUGCAAUGUUUUGUGUUACUAUUAUGACGGUAACAGUAAGAACAAAAAAACAUUUAUAUCAUAAUAACAGUAAGAAAAAAAAAUUGCUUGUUUUUUUUAGGUAGUUUUGCCUGUGACUACAUGUCACAUCAUUCAUGGCAUCACAAAUACAAAUAUUGUGCUUGAAAAACUAACUUUAUUGAUGCUCGAAACAAACAGUGGAGAAAAUUGCGGAAAUAACAUUUCUGACAAUAGCGUCGGUUUUGUGGGGUUUUAAAAAACAUUAAUUGAAAUUUAUCGAGAGAACAAAAAAUCUAAAUUUGUAAUA